CUAAUAAGCUGUUUUCUGAUAUAUGUUGGGUACCAUAGAGUGAGACUGAGAACAGGAAGCGGAGGCAGAAUCAGAGAGGAUUCUGGAAAGGUCUCUGUGUUUUCUUUUCCACGGAGAAUACAGAAAUUAUAAUUAAUUAGUAAAGCUUUGUGGAUGGAAAUCUGGACUAUUUCAGGAGGAGACAUAUAUUAUUUUUGGAUGCUGGGCUUUGCUGUGAUUGUUCAUUCUCCUUCAAUCAGGAGUAAAAGCAAAAUAACAACAAUAUAAAAAGUACAAAAAAAAUCCAGAAAUACAUCUAGAUGAGAUAUCCAAAUGAGAAUAAAUGUCUCAAAGACAGCUCAUCUCAAUCUGAAUGGCUGAAGACUAAAAUUUAUAAGAUGUUGGAAAAAUAUGUCUAUGUGAAUAUGUAAUUUAUCUCUGUCUACUGCAAUUAACUUUGAGAAGCUUUGGACACAGGAGAAAAGAAUGAGAGAGUCUUAAUGAAACUUCAGUCUUGAAGAAGCUUCAGCUCCCAAGGAGAAACCUUUCUUGCCAAUUCCAUUUUCUGCUAGAAAUGCAGCCUUUUUUUUUCACAUUAGCACAAGAUACAUGGGCUAAAAUCUGAGAUUUGGCAUUUCUUAGAAAAAUAAAGGUCAUUCUUAUGCAAGAAGCUAAAAGUAAUUAAAUUUGCAGGAUGAAAACAUGGCACAGGCACUGCUGGCACCACCUGGACCUGAAAGCUUCCGCUAUUUUACUAGAGAUUCUCUCGCAGCUAUUGAAAAGCGUUGUGCAGAAGAAAAAGCUAAAAAGCCCAAGCAAGAACAUACAGACGAUGAUGAUGAAAAUGGUCCAAAACCAAACAGUGACUUGGAGGCAGGAAAGACCCUGCCAUUUAUUUACGGUGACAUACCUCCAGGAAUGGUAUCUGAACCUUUGGAAGACCUGGACCCAUAUUAUAUCAAUAAAAAAACUUUCAUAGUAUUGAAUAAGGGAAAAGCAAUUUUCCGAUUCAGCGCCACAUCUGCCUUGUAUAUUUUAACUCCUUUUAAUCCUAUCAGAAAAAUUGCUAUCAAGAUUUUGGUACAUUCAUUAUUCAGCAUGCUUAUCAUGUGCACUAUUUUGACCAAUUGUGUAUUUAUGACCAUGAGUAACCCUCCAGACUGGACAAAGAAUGUAGAGUACACUUUCACUGGAAUUUAUACCUUUGAAUCACUUAUCAAAAUUCUUGCAAGGGGCUUCUGCUUAGAAGGUUUUACUUUUCUGCGAGACCCGUGGAACUGGCUUGACUUCAGUGUCAUUUUAAUGGCGUAUGUAACAGAAUUUGUAAACCUAGGCAAUGUUUCAGCUCUUCGAACUUUCAGAGUAUUGAGAGCUUUGAAAACUAUUUCUGUAAUUCCAGGCCUGAAGACUAUUGUGGGAGCCCUAAUUCAGUCUGUGAAGAAGCUCUCAGAUGUGAUGAUCCUGACUGUGUUUUGUCUGAGUGUAUUUGCACUGAUAGGGCUGCAGCUGUUCAUGGGCAACUUGAGGAAUAAAUGCCUGCAGUGGCCUCCAGACAAUUCUACUUUUGAAAUAAGCAUUAUUUCCUACUUUAACAGCACAAUGAAUGAAAAUGGUACAUUUGUUAAUAUGACAGUGAGCACAUUUAACUGGAAGGAUUACAUUGAGGACGAAACUCAUUUUUACAUUUUGGAAGGACAAAGAGAUGCCCUACUUUGUGGUAAUAGCUCUGAUGCAGGGCAAUGCCCAGAAGGGUAUAUAUGUGUGAAAGCUGGUAGAAACCCCAAUUAUGGCUACACAAGUUUUGACACCUUCAGUUGGGCUUUUUUGUCAUUGUUUCGGCUAAUGACUCAGGACUUCUGGGAAAACCUGUAUCAGCUGACACUGCGUGCUGCUGGGAAGACAUACAUGAUAUUUUUUGUUCUGGUGAUUUUUCUGGGCUCUUUCUAUCUGAUCAACUUGAUCCUGGCUGUGGUUGCCAUGGCCUAUGAAGAACAGAAUCAAGCAACCAUGGAAGAAGCAGAGCAGAAAGAGGCAGAAUUUCAGCAGAUGCUGGAGCAACUCAAGAAGCAACAAGAAGAAGCUCAGACAACAGCAGCAGUAGCAGCAGCAUCAGUUGCAUCAAGAGAUUUCAGUGGUGUAGGGGGAUUAGGAGAACUCUUGGAAAGCUCUUCAGAAGCAUCAAAGUUGAGCUCAAAGAGUGCUAAAGAAAGAAGAAACAGAAGGAAGAAAAGAAGACAGAGAGAAAUGUCUGAAGCAGAGGACAAAGGAGAUAGCGAUAAAUUCCCCAAGUCCGAGUCAGAAGACAGUAUCAGAAGAAAAAGUUUCCGCUUCUCCACAGAAGGAAGUCAACUGACAUAUGAAAAAAGGCUCACAUCUCCUCACCAGUCUUUGUUAAGCAUUCGUGGUUCUCUGUUCUCACCAAGGCGCAACAGCAAAACGAGCAUUUUCAGUUUCAGAGGUCAUGCAAAGGAUGUAGGAUCUGAAAAUGACUUUGCUGAUGAUGAGCACAGCACUCUUGAAGACAAUGAGAGCAGAAGAGAUUCUCUCUUUGUUCCAAAUCGACAUGGAGAACGGCGCAACAGUAACGUUAGUCAGGCAAGUGUGUCAUCUAGAAUGAUACCAGCCCUUCCAGUAAAUGGGAAGAUGCACAGCACUGUGGAUUGCAAUGGAGUAGUCUCCUUGGUUGGAGGACCUUCAACUUUAACUUCACCCACUGGUCAGCUCAUACCAGAGGGCACCACUACAGAAACAGAAAUAAGGAAAAGAAGACUGAGUUCUUAUCAAAUUUCCAUGGAAAUGCUGGAAGAGUCUGCUGCAAGACAAAGAGCAAUGAGCAUAGCCAGCAUACUUACAAAUACAAUGGAAGAGCUUGAAGAAUCCAGACAGAAAUGCCCACCGUGCUGGUACAGAUUUGCAAAUACUUUCUUGAUCUGGGAUUGUUGGAGUCCAUGGUUAAAAGUAAAGCACAUCGUCAAUUUAGUUGUGAUGGAUCCAUUUGUUGAUCUUGCUAUAACUAUUUGCAUUGUUUUAAACACCUUGUUUAUGGCCAUGGAACAUUACCCAAUGACAGAACAGUUUAGCAGUGUCCUUUCUGUGGGGAACCUGGUAUUCACUGGAAUAUUCACAGCAGAAAUGGUACUAAAGAUAAUUGCCAUGGACCCUUAUUAUUAUUUCCAAGAAGGCUGGAAUAUUUUUGAUGGUAUUAUCGUUAGCCUUAGUUUAAUGGAGCUUGGUCUGGCAAAUGUUGAAGGAUUAUCUGUUCUUCGGUCGUUCAGAUUGCUUCGAGUUUUCAAAUUGGCAAAAUCUUGGCCAACUCUAAAUAUGCUAAUUAAGAUUAUUGGCAAUUCGGUGGGGGCUCUGGGCAAUCUGACCCUGGUGCUGGCCAUCAUUGUGUUCAUUUUUGCUGUGGUUGGGAUGCAGCUCUUUGGGAAAAGCUACAAGGAAUGUGUCUGCAAGAUCUCUGAUAAUUGUGAACUUCCACGCUGGCACAUGCAUGACUUCUUCCACUCUUUCCUGAUUGUAUUCCGAGUGCUGUGUGGAGAAUGGAUAGAAACGAUGUGGGACUGCAUGGAGGUUGCUGGCCAAACCAUGUGCCUUAUUGUUUUCAUGCUGGUCAUGGUGAUUGGUAACCUAGUGGUAUUGAACCUAUUUCUGGCCUUGCUGCUGAGCUCAUUUAGUUCAGACAACCUUGCUGCUACAGAUGAUGAUAAUGAAAUGAACAAUCUCCAGAUUGCUGUGGCAAGGAUCCAGAAGGGAAUAGAUUAUAUCAAAAAAAAGAUACAGGAGUUCAUCCAAAAAGCCUUCGUUAGAAAGCAGAAAUCUUUAGAGGAAAUCAAAGCGCUUGAAGAGCUAAACAACAAGAAAGACAGCUGCAUUUCCAAUCAUACUGCUGUUGAAAUAAGCAAAGAUCUGAAUUAUCUGAAAGACGGGAAUGGAACCACGAGUGGUGUGGGUACAGGCAGCAGUGUGGAAAAAUAUGUAAUUGAUGAAAAUGAUUAUAUGUCAUUUAUAAACAACCCAGGCCUCACUGUGACAGUGCCCAUUGCAGUUGGAGAAUCAGAUUUUGAAAAUUUAAAUACAGAAGAAUUUAGCAGCGAAUCUGAUAUGGAAGAAAGCAAACAGAAACUAAAUGCAUCAAGCUCAUCAGAAGGCAGCACAGUUGAUAUUGCUCCUCCUGGAGAGGGCGAGCAAGCAGAAAUUGAAAGUGAAGAAGCUCUUGAACCAGAAGCCUGUUUUACAGAAGGUUGUGUGCAAAAAUUUCCAUGUUGUCAAGUAAGUAUAGAGGAUGGCAAAGGAAAAACUUGGUGGAAUCUUAGAAAGACCUGCUACAGCAUAGUUGAACACAACUGGUUUGAGACUUUCAUUGUAUUCAUGAUUCUCCUCAGCAGUGGAGCACUAGCUUUUGAAGAUAUAUAUAUUGAACAACGCAAAACUAUCAAGACCAUGCUGGAAUAUGCUGACAAAGUUUUUACAUAUAUUUUCAUUUUGGAAAUGCUUUUAAAAUGGGUAGCAUAUGGUUUUCAAAUAUAUUUUACUAAUGCUUGGUGCUGGCUGGACUUCCUGAUUGUUGAUGUCUCAUUGGUUAGUUUAAUAGCCAAUGCUCUGGGCUAUUCUGAACUUGGUGCCAUUAAAUCACUACGGACUUUAAGAGCUUUAAGACCUUUAAGAGCCUUGUCACGAUUUGAAGGAAUGAGGGUGGUUGUAAAUGCCCUUGUAGGAGCAAUCCCUUCUAUCAUGAAUGUAUUGCUGGUAUGUCUCAUAUUCUGGCUAAUCUUCAGCAUCAUGGGAGUAAAUCUGUUUGCUGGAAAAUUUUAUCACUGUGUCAACACUACAACUGGUGAGAUGUUUGAUAUCAGUGAUGUCAACAAUUAUACUCAGUGUCAGGAACUCAUAAAAAACAAUCAAAGUGCCCGAUGGAAAAACGUGAAAGUAAACUUUGAUAAUGUAGGAGCUGGAUAUCUUGCUCUGCUUCAAGUAGCUACUUUCAAAGGAUGGAUGGACAUUAUGUAUGCUGCUGUUGAUUCACGAGAUGUAGAAGAUCAACCCAAGUAUGAGGACAACUUGUAUAUGUAUCUCUAUUUUGUCAUCUUUAUCAUAUUUGGAUCAUUUUUUACCUUGAAUCUUUUCAUUGGUGUCAUUAUAGACAACUUCAACCAACAAAAAAAGAAGUUUGGAGGUCAGGAUAUAUUUAUGACAGAAGAACAGAAGAAAUAUUACAAUGCAAUGAAAAAACUUGGAUCCAAAAAGCCACAGAAACCUAUUCCAAGGCCAGUGAACAAAUUCCAAGGCAUGAUCUUCGAUUUUGUAACCAAACAAGUAUUUGACAUCAGCAUCAUGAUACUUAUCUGCCUUAACAUGGUCACAAUGAUGGUAGAAACAGAUGACCAGAGUAAAGAAAUGGAAACAAUUCUAUCCCGGAUUAACCUGGUGUUCAUUAUCCUUUUCACUGGAGAAUUUGUGCUGAAAUUGAUUUCACUUCGCCAUUACUAUUUCACUAUAGGCUGGAACAUUUUUGAUUUUGUCGUUGUGAUUCUCUCCAUAGUAGGUAUGUUCUUAGCUGAGAUGAUUGAGAAGUACUUUGUGUCCCCCACACUAUUCAGAGUCAUCCGACUUGCCAGAAUCGGUCGAAUCCUGCGCCUCAUUAAAGGCAAUCCUUCUGUUGGGAUUUUCUUCUUUGUCAGCUACAUUAUCAUCUCCUUUCUGGUAGUGGUGAACAUGUACAUUGCUGUGAUUUUGGAGAACUUCAGUGUUGCUACUGAGGAAAGCGCUGAACCCUUGAGCGAGGACGACUUUGAGAUGUUCUAUGAGGUCUGGGAGAAAUUUGAUCCCGAUGCAACACAAUUCAUAGAAUAUAGCAAACUAUCAGAUUUUGCAGCUUCAUUAGAUCCGCCUCUUCUCAUCGCAAAACCGAACAAAGUCCAGCUCAUUGCAAUGGAUCUGCCCAUGGUGAGUGGUGACAGAAUUCACUGCCUUGACAUCCUGUUUGCUUUCACAAAGCGUGUUUUGGGGGAAAGUGGUGAGAUGGACGCCCUCAGAAUACAGAUGGAAGAUCGAUUUAUGGCAGCCAAUCCUUCUAAAGUCUCCUAUGAACCAAUUACAACCACAUUGAAACGAAAGCAGGAGGAGGUGUCUGCUGUCAUCAUUCAGCGUGCUUACAGAUGUUAUCUUUUAAGGCAAAAAGUUAAACAGGUGUCUAGUAUGUAUAAUAGAAAUAAAAACAAAGAAGGAGAUGGACAAGUUAUAAAAGAGAUAAUUAUUGAUAAACUAAAGGGGAACUCCACUCCGGAAAAAACAGAUGAGAGUUCCUCUACAACUUCCCCACCUUCUUAUGACAGUGUAACAAAGCCAGACAAAGAAAAAUAUGAGAAAGAUAAAGCAGAAAAGAACUACAAAGGUAAAGACAUCAGGGAAAAUAAAAAAUAACAAUCUAAGAAUUUUUCUUGUGGGACAACAUGUUUACAGUCUUUGAGAAUGAAGCAACAACUGGACUCCUGCAGGAGGUUUAUGCCAAACUGACAGUUUUUACACAUAUAUGUGUGUGUGUGUGUGCGCGCGCAUGUGUGUGCAUAUAUAUACAUUAUAUAUAUACUUAAGGUCAGUGCCUAUAACAAAACAGUGAACCUCCAUCAUCAGACUGUGACUCUGUCAAUCAGGGUAAAAAACUUGACAAGAGGUUACUGUUUUCACUACAGCUGACACUGCUAAGAAUGAGGGGAAAAGUGGCUCCGCAGAGAAGACAGAGCAUGAAAUGAGUGCAAAAGGAUACUUUAUGUUUCACAAUAUGUAGAACAGUAAUUCUCUUCACUGUUUGUAAUGCAACAGCUACAUUUGUCAUAUUUUUACAAAAUCGAUAUUAGUGUAUUUAUCAUUUUUUAAUUCACAGGUUGUUUACUAUUAUAUGUGACUAUUUUUGUAAUAGGUUUUAUGUUGGGGAAAGAGGUUUGAGGACCAGGAGUUCUACUCUCAGAUUCUCUAUAAUGUACAGAUAAAAGUGAUUUGCAUAGGCAUGCUGCACUUGUCACUCAUGCAUAAAUAAAAAUAUGACAUUGCACAAAGCUAAAGAUUUUAAGAACUUUCAUGUCAGGGUUGCUCUUAAAUUUGAGGUGUUCUAACUACUUGUAUGGCUGCAUCCAGAUUAUGUGCAUCCAGAUUAAUGUGCCUGGAAAGCCUCCUCUAUUUUACAGGAAUCUGCAAUGACUUAUUUUUAUGUGAAUCAUUAAACAUGAACAAGUUCAUGGUUUUGUUAAAAUAUUUACAGCUCAAAAAAUAUUGUGUGGUUUCUGCACUAGAAAAAUAGCUUCACCAAAAUAUAUCUGGGAGCUCUUUUGUUUUCUUCUUUUUUUUUUAAACAGCUCAGAUUUUUUCCUAGACUGUUCUUUGGUUGCUGUCUUCUCUCAUUAUGGCCAACAUCCAAUGAAUCCAUAAAAUACCCUUUUCCAUGUAAAUAUUACCUGCAUACUGAUGUGCAUAUUUGAGCAAACAAUUAAAUGGCUUUGCCACAUUGAAUUGCAUCAGAUAUGUACCACAGUAUGGUUAAUUCACAAGACAUGUUAUAUUCUGUGUCAUUAUAGAUAGUUAGGAGAGUAUCACUGAUGCAUUGCAAUGCUUUUGCUGCUGUACCUUGGUCCUUCCACUGUCCACAGUCUCCACUACAGGAAACCAUGUGUCAGUGGUGAAGUGAAUCAAAUUGUCCAACCAGACCUCAUUCUUUCAAAUCAUUAAGCAAUAGUUUGCAGCUAUUUAUGAGCUUUUUUAAUUUUGCAUUUUAAAUUUGAAGUGGCUGCUAUAUGGUGUAGAAUCAGACUGUACAGGCCAUAUUACAAACUGUUUAACCUGUUGAAAAUGUGGUUAGCAUAUAUAAAUAAUGUAAAGAAAUACCAUUUGGCAACAGUUUUGUAUAUAAGAAAAGUGUCUUCAAGUUUAGAUCACUGUUUCUUAUAUUUCUUUUCUCAUUCACAUGGCUUGUUUUCUAACCGCAGUAAUUCCAAACCGGCAUAAUCACACUAUGAGAAAAAAAAGUGAGUAUUUGUAGACUAUCUUGUUUUAAUACUAUAUCUGCAUAUAUUUCAAUGUGAAGUAAAUUGUGUAAAUCUGGAACCCAGCUUGUUUCCAAAUAGUUACAGGACAUAACAAGGAAAGCAUUAGGGGAUCGUGCAAAUUUCUAGCACUGUUUGCAUCAGAAGUUCCAAGAUAGUCUCAUAGUUCGUUAAAUCCUUGCUAACUUGCAGUGUCUGUUUACAUAGUCUAUUCUUAUUCUUUUUUGAAUCACGCUGCAUUAGGCUUGUACAAAUAAAAUACUUCCCAAGAAAAAAAUGGCACAUUUGUAUAACCAAGGACAUCAGGACAUUUUGUGUUUCAUACACAAGCUAACAUGAAAUGUAGAAUCUUUCUUUUACAAAUGCUUUUGACUUGUAAUGUGUUGGUGAAAUGCAUGCAGGAAAUUGUUAUUAUCAUAAACAACGCAAACAAUAUUACAAAUGAGCCAAAAAAUAAAGAUUUCUUU